CUAGGCUGAAUACCAGAACACAGGAUAUGCUUUCGCAGUGCUCACAGUUUUAAAGCAGCAGCAGCCGCAGCAGCAGCAGCAACCGUGAGGACGACACGCUCUGCAGUCAAGAUGAGUGCUGGGGAUGUGGUGUGCACCGGCUGGCUCAUUAAAUCCCCCCCGGAGAAGAAACUCAAGAGAUUUGCCUGGAGGAAACGCUGGUUUGUGCUUCGAAGAGGUCGCAUGAGCGGCAACCCUGAUGUGCUGGAGUACUAUCAGAGCAAGAACUCCAAAAAGCCCAUCCGCACCAUCGACCUGAAAGAGUGCGAGGUGGAAAUGCUCAACGGGCAGCUCAGGAUAAAACGAGACUUCAACGGCAAACACCUCUUUGUGGUGAAGACCACAUUUCGUGUCUUUUACCUGGUGGCCAAAACUGAGGAGGAGAUGAACAGCUGGAUCAGUCAAAUCAGUCAGAUCAGCCAGUUUGGGAGUCUGGAGGAUGCAGAGAGCUCAGAAGAAGGCUUUCCUCACACCCCCACCUCCCUCCAUCCGUCACCUGACGGCUCUGACAGAGUGUCUGUAUCCAGCCAACAGGAUUCCAGCCACCCACUUGACUACCUAUUUCUCUCACAAUGUGAGACGGGAAGUGUGAACACUAUUCGACAUGACAGCUUUUCAAACUCUGAGAUCUCCCUGGAGCAGAGGUCAUCGGACGAUGCGUUCAAGGACGCUGUCCCCUCACCUAUUCCUCUUUCGCACACCGAUUCCUCUUCGUCCUCCAUCUUUCAGACCAGCCCCAGUCCAUCUCUCUUCCUCAGUGGAAGGCUGACCAACCCUCCUUUCAGCGAUCCAUGCUCCUCCAUGGCUCUACCAUCAUCCUCUUCCUCACCACUAUGUCACGGCGCCACAAGUGUGUUCCGCUUCGACAAACCUUAUUCAUCUGCGGUGUUCGAGGCAACAAUUGAAAGACAGACUCCUCCUCCGCUGCCACCCAAGUCUAACCACCUGUCAGAGCAGAUAAGUGAGGAAGCAGCUCACCUGAUGAGGACGAGUGCACGGCAUUUCCCAAACCACGCCACUUUGUUCCCCCGGAGGACCUCUUUGUCGGGCCUGGACCAUUUCAGAAUAGGAGAUGCUGAAAACAGAUUGAUGAAAAACAGGAGGCAGAGCCUUAAUUUGCAGCAUGGUUUGAAUAGCACACGGUUUCAAAGCUUCCAGGAUGAGUCAUAUGUCCCCAUGGCGUCCCCGUCUCCCUCGGCAGCCCCCACUGAAAGUGAUGGCUACAUCCCCAUGAGCCCCAGCACAUUCAGCCUCCUCAACUCAAACUGCAGCGCCGAGUCCUCCACCACUCUCGGCCCACUGAUGUGUCCACCUGGAGACUUUGUGCCGCCUCCGAUUCACCGGCACCUCAAGCCUCGCCUGAGGAGAGCUCGACCUCCACCUCUUGACUUGAGAGGCCUCUCUACCAUCACAGAAUGUCCCACUCAUCUUCCUCUGAGCAGAGCAAUGACUGAAGCAUGCUUUUCGGUGAAAUGUUUGCCUCUUGAAAGAAGACUUGAGAAUGGGGAAAAUCCAACAGAUGAAGACACAAACUGCACCACAAUGGAUCCAAGGCAACAUUUCAGUCACAGCUUCGAUGGAGCGAGAAGAUCAAACCUCGACUAUUUGUCCCUUGAUUUCAAUUCCGCAUCCCCCUCUCCUGUGCUGAAGCAGAAGCCCUUACUGUGUGAUGAGUACAGAGUGGAUUAUGUGCAGGUGGAUGAGAAGAAGACUCAGGCGCUGCAAAACACCAAAAUGGAGUGGACUGAUGUCCGGCAGUCAAAGACAUAAAUGGAACAAAAAUGUUGAGUAAAAUUAGGGAAACUUGGUUGCAAGCAGACCAACAAUGAAGAGGACAUGUUGAAGAGGACCACAACUAAUUGAAAGCACAUUGAAAAACAGUAUUUGAAAAAGUACAAGGGUAAGUAAGCAGUUAAAUGCUUGUAUGCAGGGAUCACAAAAUUGCACUGUAUUUAAAUUAAUACCAGAUGUUGAACCGGGUCACAAUUUUAACUGUAGCAACGUUUUACCUAAUUUUGAAAGGGCAUCAUAUUGAGUCGUGUGUAACAAAGACAACAUGUUAGACUUUCUGUAAAUAUAUGUAUAAUAAUUGUAAAUAAGACAAUUAUUUUAAUAAUAGAUUUUUUUAUAUAUAUUUCUUUCCCUCGUUUUUUAUCACAAAACAAAAUGGUCCAUCGUACGUUUUUUUCUCUUCCUGCUCCUUCUGUGACCUUCAUAUUGAAGACUUGUUUCACUUGUUUUGAAGCUGUGAGUAUUCCAAGAGAUAAAAAACAUCCUUGACGUUUGACAAUGUUAUCUCUGGUUAUAAUGAUUUCAGAGACGACUCUAUCACACUUCUAGCUAAAUGUCCUAUCCAUAACACGAAAUUCCUCAGAAGCAAACUCCCAUAAUGUGUUGUCUUGAACAAUGUCAAAAAUACAAUUGAAAUAGCCUUUUCUUCUCUGAAUGAUAAGGCAGUUAAGCUCCCCCUAACAAUUUCCUAUACUUACAUUUACAUUUUGUAUUUAUUGUUUGGGUAAUUUAUUUAAUUAAAAUAUGUUUUUACUGUUGUGUACAUGUCUUCAUCACUGGUAUUUCCAUUUUCUAAUGUUACUCUGAAGUAUAAAUAAAGUUUAUAUUAUUUAAA